CACUGCCCCCCAUGGCCGCGUGCGGCCUGCGACCCCGACUCCUGCUGCUGCUGCCGCUACUGCUGCUGCUGCUGCUGCCGCCGCUCCCCGCAGCCUGGGCCUCGGCCUCGGCCUCCGACCGGGACCGGCCCCGGGGCGGGAUCGCUGUCAACCCAGACAAACUGCUGGUGAUCACUGUGGCCACGGCAGAGACAGAGGGCUACCUGCGCUUCCUGCAGUCUGCCAAGUUUUUCAACUACACUGUGCGAACGCUGGGUCUGGGGCAGGAGUGGCGAGGGGGUGAUGUGGCUCGAACAGUUGGUGGAGGCCAGAAGGUCAGGUGGCUAAAGAAGGAAAUGGAGAAAUACGCUGAGCUGGAGGACAUGGUCAUCAUGUUUGUGGACAGCUAUGAUGUUCUUCUGGCCGGCAGCCCCUCAGAGCUGCUGAAGAAGUUUAUCCAGAGUGGCAGCCGCCUGCUCUUCUCAGCGGAGGCCUUCUGCUGGCCCGAAUGGGGGCUGGCGGAGCAGUACCCAGAGGUGGGCACCGGCAAGCGCUUUCUCAACUCUGGUGGCUUCAUCGGCUUUGCCCCCACCAUCCACCAAGUCGUCCGUCAGUGGAAAUACAAGGAUGAUGAUGAUGACCAGUUGUUCUAUACUCGGCUCUACCUAGAUCCCGGGCUGCGGGAGAAACUCGGCCUUAAUCUGGACCAUAAGUCCCGGAUCUUCCAGAACCUCAACGGGGCUUUAGAUGAGGUGGUCUUAAAGUUUGAUCGGAAUCGUGUAAGGAUCCGGAAUGUGGCCUACGACACGCUUCCUGUGGUGGUCCAUGGAAACGGCCCCACUAAGCUGCAGCUGAACUAUCUGGGAAAUUAUGUCCCCAAUGGCUGGACGCCCCAGGGUGGCUGUGGCUUCUGCAACCAGCAUCAGAGGACACUCGUGGGGAACGGGUCUGUCCCCCAGGUGCUCCUGGCCGUGUUUGUGGAGCAGCCCACCCCGUUCCUGCCCCGCUUCCUGCAGCGCCUGCUGCUCCUGGACUAUCCCCCCGACCGCGUCACACUCUUCCUGCACAACGCUGAGGUGUACCACGAGCCCCAUGUCGCCGAGGCCUGGCCACAGCUGCAAGACCACUUCUCAUCUGCGAAACUGGUGGGGCCGGAGGAGGCCCUGGGCCCCAGAGAAGCCCGGGACAUGGCCAUGGACCGCUGCCGACAGGACCCCAAGUGCGAAUUCUACUUCAGCCUGGAUGCCGACGCCGUCCUCACCAACCCUCACACCCUGCGCCUCCUCAUCGAGCACAACAGGAAGGUGGUCGCCCCCAUGUUGUCCCGGCAUGGCAAGCUGUGGUCCAACUUCUGGGGGGCCCUGAGUCCUGAUGAGUACUACGCUCGCUCUGAGGACUAUGUGGAGCUGGUGCAGCGGAAGCGAGUGGGUGUAUGGAACGUGCCCUACAUAGCUCAGGCCUAUCUGAUCCGGGGGGACACACUGAGGACCGAACUACCCCAGAGGGACGUGUUCUCAGGCAGCGACGCAGACUCGGACAUGGCCUUCUGCAAGAGCCUGCGGGACAGGGGCAUCUUCCUCCAUCUCAGCAACCAGCAUGAGUUCGGCCGGCUCCUGGCCACUUCCCGGUAUGACACAGACCACCUGCACCCCGACCUCUGGCAGAUCUUUGACAACCCUGUGGACUGGAGAGAAACAUACAUCCAUGAGAACUACAGCCGUGCCCUGCAUGGGGAAGGCCUGGUAGAGCAGCCGUGUCCAGAUGUGUACUGGUUCCCACUGCUGUCGGAGCAGAUGUGUGAUGAGCUGGUGGAGGAGAUGGAGAGCUUUGGGCAGUGGUCAGGGGGCCGGCACGAGGAUUCAAGGCUGGCCGGCGGCUACGAGAAUGUGCCCACUGUGGACAUCCACAUGAAGCAGGUGGGCUACGAGGACCAGUGGCUGCAGCUGCUCAGGACCUAUGUGGGGCCCAUGACCGAGCACCUCUUCCCAGGCUACCAUACCAAGACCCGUGCAGUGAUGAACUUUGUGGUCCGCUACCGGCCAGACGAGCAGCCCGCACUGCGGCCCCACCACGACUCCUCCACCUUCACCCUCAACGUCGCCCUCAACCACAAAGGCCUGGAUUAUGAGGGAGGUGGCUGCCGCUUCCUGCGCUACGACUGCAUCAUCUCAUCCCCAAGGAAGGGCUGGGGGCUCCUGCACCCUGGCCGCCUCACCCACUACCACGAGGGGCUGCCCACGACGUGGGGCACACGGUACAUCAUGGUUUCCUUUGUGGACCCCUGACACCAUGCUGCCAAACUUGACCUGCCAUUGUGCCUUCUUGGGGGGCCCAAUCCCCCAUCCUCAGGGCUCUGCCCAUCUCCUGCUUUCUGACCGUGAGUCUGUGUGCCCGGGCCUAGAAGUGUCACCUCCUCCCCACCCAUGGCCCGUCAGGAAGCUCCCAGCACCCCCUGCCCUCUCCACAGUCCCCGAGGGCUCCUCAGGGAUGGGGGGAGGAACUCUGGGGACUCCCUAUGUAUUAAGUUAUUAUAAUUUCUUAGCCCCCCCCCUCAAUAAAGGAGGGUUUUUAAAUGGUGAA